ACCUCGUGUGUGGGCAGGUUGGUACACGUAACUGACUGGUACAAGACGCUGGUGGGAGUGGCCGGAGGCGAUACUCCAACUCAAACAGACGGCGUGGAUCAAUGGGCAUCUUUCAUUGGCUCUGAACCCCCGCCCAGGACACACAUGGUUUACAACAUCGAUAAUACUACGGAUUUUCAGGCUGGGGUCAGGAAGGGAAAGUACAAGCUACUUGUGGGUCCCACUGGCAAAGGAGACUGGACACCGCCCCCGGAGCUCAGAGUCUCUUCAGAUACCGCUCCACUACUCCAGUCAGUUAUUGACUUUUCCUCAGACUUUGGCUCUCACACUGCCCGCUUACUCUCUAAGCAACCUUUCACUAAGGCUGAUCUAGCAAGACAUCCUCUUUAUGAUCCAGUACUUCUUCAGACGCUUCCAACUGAUGUAGAUGGACUAAAAGAUGGUAGUAACGAAUUAAGUCCCUCUGAGGCUGGCAGUCAGACAGGUCUCAAAUCUUCAUCGCAAGUGUUCUAUGUACCACAGUCCAAAACGAAAAAAAGGCAGUUGAUCUCAGCAAAGAGUGGAUCAUUAGAUGUUGAAGGUAUAAAUAUUUCACGUGUUGACAUAGCUAAAAUCUCAAAUAUUAAAUAUAAAAAUAAACAUAAUCAAAGAACACAAGGUGAAUGGAGCACUGAAGACUUUAAAGGAGGCGCAGCAGACAAAAUCAAAACGACAAGUGAUGAAAUAUGGGCAUCAGAUCUACAAGCAGCCAUCCAGCUGUUGCAGCAACUAGCUAAUACUAACGAUACAAAGAUUCAACUCUACAACGUUGAAGAGGACCCAGAGGAGCGAGUUGACUUGGUCUCGGUGCACGUGGACGUGGUGGAGGAGUUACUUCAGUACCUCCUGGAGGAACUGCAGAGAUACGUUCCAGCAGACAUAUUUCCUGAAGUGCCUGAAGCCAGCCCUGACAACUUCGAUGGUGUCUGGUCCCCUGGUUGGUGCUAGUUACCCAGAGACAGUUCUAGUGUCCCCUGAUAUGUUGCUAGUGUUUCCUAGGGUGGUGUGUUUCCCUGAAGUAAUGCUAGUGGCCUCUUGAGUGAUGGUAGCAGACUCUUGAAUGGUGCUAGCAGCCUCUUGAGUGAUGCUAGCAGCCUCCUGAGUGGUGCUAGCAGCCUCUUGAGUGAUGCUAGCAGCCUCCUGAGUGGUGCUAGCAGCCUCUUGAGUGGUGCUAGCACUCUUGGGUGGGGUUAGUGUACUAGUGUCUCCUAGUGAGGAGCUAGCUACUGAUACUUCAGACAGCACUACUGACUUCUGGCUUGGUCUCAACAGUGUCUGAGAUACAAAGAAAAUCCAGAUUCUUCUACAAAGUAUUGUACUAAAAAUUAUAUAAAAUACGGACAAGUUGAUGAUUAAGACACAUGCAACAGUUGCGUAUCUUUAUUGUUGAAACACUUCGAAUACACAGUAGGUUUCUUCAGUCAAGUGAUAUGAAAACGAUAUAAUCAGUCCAUCAACGUUGGAGAAAUAGCAUUAAGGUGGUCAGUCCUUCAUCCUGGGGAAGAGUUCAGCUCCAUGGAGCUGAGGGACUGACCACCUCAAAUACUAUAUCUCCAAGGUUAAUAGACUGAUUACAUCUUCAUUUCACUACUACACCUACUGCCUCUGUAUUCGACUGAAGAAGCCUCCUGUAUAGGCGAAACGUUUCAACAACAGAUACCCAACUGUUGCACAAGUGUCUUCCUGGGAAGUAUAAGGUAAAACAGUGAAAUUUUUUGUGAAUUAAGAUAAUAUUCAUCAAAGUUAGUUUCGUGUAUAUAUAAUUUCUUUAAAUUCGUUAUUUUGGAAAUUUAUUCCAAAUAAUUAACACUGAAAUAAUUAUUCCAAUGUACUCCAUAGUUUUACAAUACAAAUAAACAAAAAAAAAUUGCUUUUAGCACUAAAAUUUUUUCUCUGUUUCUAAAAGUUUCAUUGUAUUUCGUUUGACAUUAAUAAAAUGUCUAAAUCAAUAAUAAUGCCAUUAAAUAUUUUUUAAAAAUCUUAAAUGCAGUCAUAUACUCUGCAAUAUUUUUUUUAAUUCCUCUAAUUUAGUUUAUUAUGAUUGAUAUGUUAGUCAGUAUAUCAACUGGACAUUCUGAAGAUUAUUAAUAUCCUCCCAUAAAUAUUAUGACCAAGAUUAUGUGUAAUAUUGUGACCAAGACUUUACCUGGAGAGAGUUCCGGGGGUCAACGCCCCCGCGGCCCGGUCUGUGACCAGGCCUCCUGGUGGAUCAGGGCCUGAUCAACCAGGCUGUUACUGCUGGCUGCACGCACACCAACGUACGAGCCACAGCCCGGCUGGUCAGGUACCGACUUUAGGUGCUUGUCCAGUGCCAGCUUGAAGACUGCCAGGGGUCUGUUGGUAAUCCCCAUUAUGUGUGCUGGGAGGCAGUUGAACAGUCUCAGGCCCUGACACUUAUUGUAUGGUCUCUUAACGUGCUAGUGACACCCCUGCUUUUCAUUGGGGGGAUGUUGCAUCGUCUGCCAAGUCUUUUGCUUUCGCAGUGAUUUUCGUGUGCAAGUUCGGUACUAGUCCCUCCAGGAUUUUUCAGGUGUAUAUAAUCAUGUAUCUCUCCCGCCUGUGUUCCAGGGAAUACAGGUUCAGGAACCUCAAGCGCUCCCAGUAAUUGAGGUGUUUUAUCUCUGUUAUGCGCGCUGUGAAGGUUCUCUGUACAUUUUCUAGGUCAGCAAUUUCACCUGCCUUGAAAGGUGCUGUUAGUGUGUAGCAAUAUUCCAGCCUAGAUAGAACAAGUGACCUGAAGAGUGUCAUCAUGGGCUUGGCCUCCCUAGUUUUGAAGGUUCUCAUUAUCCACCCUGUCAUUUUUCUAGCAGAUGCGAUUGAUACAAUGCUAUGGUCCUUGAAGGUGAGAUCCUCCGACAUGAUCACUCCCAGGUCUUUGACGUUGGUGUUUCACUCUAUUUUGUGGCCAGAAUUUGUUUUGUACUCUGAUGAAGAUUUAAUUUCCUCGUGUUUACCAUAUCUGAGUAAUUGAAAUUUCUCAUCGUUGAACUUCAUAUUGUUUUCUGCAGCCCACUGAAAGAUUUGGUUGAUGUCCGCCUGGAGUCUUGCAGUGUCUGCAAUGGAAGACACUGUCAUGCAGAUUCGGGUGUCAUCUGCAAAGGAAGACACGGUGCUGUGGCUGACAUCCUUGUCUAUGUCAGACAUGAGGAUGAGGAACAAGAUGGGAGCGAGUACUGUGCCUUGUGGAACAGAGCUUUUCACCGUAGCUGCCUCGAACUUUACUCUGUUGACUACUACUCUCUGUGUUCUGUUAGUGAGGAAAUUAUAGAUCCAUCGACCAACUUUUCCUGUUAUUCCUUUAGCACGCAUUUUGUGCGCUAUUAUGCCAUGGCCACACUUGUUGAAGGCUUUUGCAAAGUCUGUAUAUAUUACAUCUGCAUUCUUUUUGUCUUCUAGUGCAUCUAGGACCUUGUCAUAGUGAUCCAAUAGUUGAGACAGACAGGAGCGACCUGUUCUAAACCCAUGUUGCCCUGGGUUGUGUAACUGAUGGGUUUCUAGAUGGGUGGUGAUCUUGCUUCUUAGGACCCUUUCAAAGAUUUUUAUGAUAUGGGAUGUUAGUGCUAUUGGUCUGUAGUUCUUUGCUAUUGCUUUACUGCCCCCUUUGUGGAGUGGGGCUAUGUCUGUUGUUUUUAGUAACUGUGGGACGACCCCCGUGUCCAUGCUCCCUCUCCAUAGGAUGGUAAAAGCUCGCGAUAGGGGUCGCAGUUCUUGAUGAACACGGAGUUCCAUGAGUCUGGCCCUGGGGCAGAGUGCAUGGGCAUGUCAUUUAUCGCCUGUUCGAAGUCAUUUGGCGUCAGGAUAACAUCAGAUAGGCUUGUGUUAACCAAAUUCUGUGGCGCUCUCAUAAAAAAUUAAUUUUGAUCUUCGACUCUCAGUCUGGUUAGCGGCUUGCUAAAAACUGAGUCAUAUUGGGACUUGAGUAGCUCACUCAUUUCCUUGCUGUCAUUUGUGUAGGACCCAUCUUGUUUAAGUAGGGGCCCAAUACUGGACGUUGUUCUCAACUUUGAUUUGGUAUAGAAGAAAUACUUUGGGUUUCUUUCGAUUUCAUUCAUGGCUUUUAGUUCUUCCCGCGAUUCCUGACUCCUAUAAGAUUCCUUUAGCUUAAGUUCGAUGCUUGCUAUUUCUCUGACCAGUGACUCCCUACAUAUUUCAGAUAUAUUAUUAUUAUAAUCAAAAACCAAGACUUUGAGAUGACCAAAAUUUGGUCAUCUCAAAAAAUCUUGGAUAUUAUCUUAACUCUACAAGACUUUGAAAAGGCAAUAAAUGACAUGCCCAUGCACUCUGUCCCAGGCCCAGACUCGUGGAACUCCGUGUUCAUCAAGAAUUGCAAGAAGCUCCUAUCGCGUACCUUCAGCAUUCUAUGGAGAGGGAGCAUGGACACAGGGGUCAUCCCACACACACUAAAAACAACACAGCCCCACUCCACAGAGGUGGCAGUAUAGCAAUUGCAAAGAACUUCAGACCAAUAGCACUAACAUCCCAUAUAAAAAUCUUUGAGAGGGCUCUAAGAAGCAAGAUCGCCAACCACCUAGAUACCCAGGGCAACACAGGUUUAGAGCAGGUUGCUCCUGCCUGUCCCAGCUAUUGGACCACUAUGACAUGGUCCUGGAUGCUGUUGAGCAUAAACAAAAUGCAGAUGUAUAUACAGACUUUGCAAAAGCUUUCAACAAGUGUGACCAUGGCAUAAUUGCACACAAAAUGCUUGAUAAAGGAAUAACAGGAAAAGUUGGUAAAUGGAUCUAUAACUUCCUGACAAGUAGAACACAAAGAGUAAUAGUAAACAGAGUACAGUACCAGGUAGCCACAUUGAAAAAGCUCUGUUCCACAAGGCACAGUACUCGCUCCCAUUCUAUUCCUUUUCCUCAUUUCAGACAUUGAGAGAUAUGUAAACCAUAUCUCCAUGUCUUCCUUUGUGGAUGACAUCCGGAUUGCCAUAGCGGUGACUUCCAUCGACGACACCACAAGACUCCAAGUGGACAUAAACCAAAUCUUCAAAUGGGCCACUCAAAACAAUAUGAAGUUCAACGAAAAAUUUCAGCUAAUCAGAUAUGGAAAACUUGAGAAAAUUAAUAAUGUAUCAGGGUGUACAACAAAUUCUAACCAUACGAUAGAGAAAAAAAGAAAUGUGAAGGACCUGGGAGUGAUAAUGUCAAAGGAUCUUGCCUUCAAAUACCACAACAAUGUAUCUACCUCAUCACCUAAGAAAAUGAUGGGAUGGAUAAUGAAAACCUUCAAAACUAGGGACGCCAAGCCCGUGAUGACCGUGGUACGAUAGUAUUUCGAUAGUAUUUCUCACAUUUUUUACCACAGAGUUGGCACUAGAAGCUUUCUUUGGGGCCAUGGUGGCUUAUGUAGCAGUUACAAGCACUAAAAACAAUGGAAUGAUACAAAAUAUAUCGUAUGUAUGCGUGAAACCGUCCGUCCUGGCUUAUAAACAAUGGCACACUAGCUGAAGGCAGGGCAGCUGAGUCACUCAGGCUGGAUGGAGGGGCAGACGCGUUCGGGAUGAAUGUCGUUACCUGAGUUUUUCAUCGUCGGUCGAGCCAAUAUUUUUACGCAAAAUCGCAUCGUUGCCUGAUUUUAUCGUUAGUCGAUGCCAUCGUUGGUCAAGGGUCCAUGUAAUUACAAUAAUGCAGUAGUCUGCAUAACAGUAAAUCUUCUAUUUUUUGUGUGAAUAAAAAUUCAAAAUGGAAAGCAGUCAUAAUAUAAGAGGAGCCUGGAGAUGUGACUAAUAAACAGAGAAAUGUC